CUCCAAAAUACGAGCUCAUGUUUCCUGGUCACCGUAACUCGCGUGGCUGCCAAUGUCUCCUCGCCACAGUCAAGGCGCGGAGCCAUCAUCAAGCACCUAUGCGUCGGACGUAAUCCCGCUCAUGAUGAGCAUCAACAUAAUAUCAAGAAUGUCUCGUAUCUUUCUCCAAUGUCUGACUCGACCUUGAAUCUCGCUGCGUCUCUUACACGGAAUCAACGAUAUCAUUCAGCAUGCAACCAUCUCACCAGUAUACGCACUAAGUCUGAUUUCCACUCGCACGUUGAGCGCGUUCCUCUUUGCUUUGUUGCCUAAAUCAUGGGCAGGAAUUAUUGAUGCGCUGCGUGAGCUCAGGUUGCAUCCCGCACGAGAACGGGUCAGCGGACCGCAUGCGCAGCUAUGAUCAGGCACUUUGAUUAACUCUGUCCACGCAUACGAUAUCUUUGCUUGACGGAAAGAUCCGAACCCUGUAUACAGGCAUUGACUUCUGGCAUCAUUGUUACAGACCUUGCUUACCAAUGGUGGUCGCAUUGUCUUCCUACGGAGCCGAAGUUACCAGUUUGGAGAACUCCUUUCUACUCACUGUAAACGUCCCUUGCGCUCCCAUAGCACUAUUUAAACCCGGUGUUUUGUUUUUCUUCCGACUAGUCUAUAAAGAGACCUGCUAUCCUCUCCGGAAAAUGGCGGUUUCCACUAACUUUUGCGAACGUCAUAGAUCAGCCCACCAUGCCUCUACUCUUCGUGUCAAUCAUCCCUCUAGGGCUGAUUAUAUGGACCAUUUCAACGUGCGCAGCUGCAAAGCUCAGAAACAAGCGCUCUCUACCCUUGCCACCAGGGCCAGAUCAACUUCCCUUCCUCGGCGCGGCUUUGCAAGUCGACGCCAAUACUCCGUGGCUGACGUAUGCGGAGUGGGCAGCCAAUUAUGGCGACAUCGUCAGCUGCCGUUUCUUUGGCACCCAAGUGGUGAUCUUGAACUCCGAGAAAGUCGCGAAUGACCUCUUGGAGCGGUGUUCUCGCAUAUACUCCGACAGAGCAGAGGUCUCUACGGUGGCUAUGACCGGGUGGGAUUUCGACUUUGGAUUCGACCGCUAUGGAAAUGAAUGGCGCCUACACCGACGUCUUUUCCAGCAGGCUUUUCGCGAGCAGAAAGUUGCCGAUUAUCGGUCAACACAACGUGCAGCAGCCCAUCGCCUCGUGAUAAACAUAGACAGAAACCCAGCGGAGAAUCUGUGGGACCUCAUAUUAUUGUGUGCAUCUUCUUCGAUUCUAUCUACGGUGUACGGGUACGAAGUCGAUAGCAUUGACGAUCCACUAUUCACCAUCAACGACAAGACACUUCAAACCGGAUUUCCACUCUUGAACGGUGAAAGUUCAAUCAUCAUCGACACGUUCCCAUUCAUCAAAUAUCUACCAACAUGGCUGCCUGGCACGUCUAUUGUUCGCGACGCCCAGAUCGCUAAGCACUGGGCUCAACUAUUCGUCAACUUUCCAUACAACUUUACGAUGGAGAAGAUGAAAUCUAACACCGAAUUCUCCUGUGCUCUUUCGGAGACGAUCCGAAACAGCGAGGAGAACGGUCAAGCAAUACCAGUGUAUAAUUUGAAGAAAUUCGCUGCUACCGCUUUCAUUGGUGGUGCUGAGACGGCGGGUACAUCGAGUGUGCUACAGACGCUCAUCGUAGCUUUGCUGCAAAACCCCGCCGUACAGAAGCGGGCACACGCCGAAUUAUGGGCCGUCGUCGGCAAUAAUCGGCUGCCCACGUUCGAGGAUCGGCCUUCGCUCCCUUACAUCGACGCUUUGAUUCGAGAGGUAACGAGAUGGAACCCGGCAGCUCCUCUCGGCCUUCCGCACGUCUCUACAGAAGACGAUAUCUACGAAGGAUAUUUCAUCCCCCAAGGCUCAAUCAUGGUUGCUAAUACAUGGGCAAUGUCUCGCAAUCCUAGUCGGUAUCCCGACCCUGAGACGUUCCGACCAGAAAGGUUCCUAACCAAAGACGGAGAACUAAACAAUGACGACGUGAGGUUCACCUUCGGAUGGGGCCGACGAAUCUGCCCGGGAAGAUACUCUGCGUUCGCAGCAAUAUGGAUCGCUGCUGCAUCUCUGAUAGCAACUUACGCAUUUGAGAGGGCCAAAGACGAACAUGGUAUAGAGAUUGAGCCGACUCCCCAGUGGACAACAGGGCUAGCGAGGAAGCCCAAACCCGUCCCGCUGCGUGUCAUUCCUCGGUUUGACCAGUCAAAGCUUGAACAGAUGGUGAAAGACGUCAAUGAUAAUUGAUAUUUUCUCUUAACUCGCUUGUAUGUACGUGAUCUCGAAUAAGCAACCUACCGGAAGACAUACGAAUAGGACGUUUCUUAUUCUGAUAGCAAUUCAAGUAUUUCGUCGGACGUACAGUAGCUUGUGUCAAAGCUGAAAGGAUACCUGACAUGUGUCCCCAACGCGAUGGUGAAGGAAGUGCUUCCGAGUUUUACGUCUGCCUAGAGACGAACUCGCAUGGAAACGUCUUGGGAUAUGUUGUUACGCCUUGUACCCACUCAGGAGUUGGCUCGAUCGAGUUUCCCGAAAUGUCCUUUGCUUUUUCAAUGGUGAACGUAGCAAGUAUCUGCGCCAUGGCGAUCCAAGUUGAAGCCUGCGCAAAGUGCCUUCCUGGGCAAAUACGCCGCCCAAAACCAAACACAAACUCGCAUGUGUCCUUAGUAAGAUGUCCACUGGCGUCCAGGAAUCGCGUGGGAUCAAAAUCAUCUGCGGAGGGGUACCGUUCCUCAUCCCGAGCCAUAGCCCAGACAUUGGGUAUGAUGACAGUGCCUUCAGGAAUACGAUACCCUUCAUAAACACCUUCGCUUGUUGCAGCAUGUGGUACACCCGACAUAUGCAGUACCACAGGCGUCUUUGAUUACUUGUUUAGCAUUGUUCAUUUUGGCUGUACCUUGAAAUCUUGCUAAGGCAUCGGACAUAACACAUGGUUCAGCCUCUCCAGUGGCCAUUCUUUUUUGUAAUGUUUCAUAAGGGGCGUUGACCAUCGCUUGAUUGGCUCGGAAGGAGUGUGCGGCAUUAACCCAACGUCCUCCUGGAAACCAUGUAGGCGUGUAUCUCAAAAAGGGCAACGCGGUGAGUAGUGCAAGCAUCCCAGGGCUCCCAAUGAAGAAAAUGAGCUCAGUUGCCUCCGCCAUGGCUCGGAACGUCAUAUCGUCCAUUGGCUCAGCGGGUAGUUCAUGGUCAUACAUAGUCCCCAAGAUUGUAGCAGCGGAGAACGUUCGAAUGUGUCGCCACCAUGACUUUGGAGUGUCGUGUAAAGCCUGUAAUAGAGUGGCUGCACAACGGGCCUGUGUUGGCCAGUGAGCAGCAAUUUUCUCUGGGCGUAACGUUUGCUGGAGAAC